GGGUAUCCUCCACCAACCAAAACCUUCGUAUUUCUCGUAGCCAAAUGCUUUUAUCCCCUCACAAAGCAUUCCUCGCUGCUCAUCCUUUCCAAGCACACCACAGAGAGACUAAUACGAUUUCCUCUCUUGAUUUCUUUCUUUCGUGUGUUCAAAUGCCAAACCAAUGGCUAACAAAUUAGAGCGUCAAUCCAUGAAGCAAGCAAAGGAUCAUGAGUCGAUGGUACAGGAACUAGAAAAGGUGAAGCUUGAACUCAGCCGGCUGAAGCUUGACGUCGCCUCCGCAUCGGAGGCAAAGGCCGAUGCCGAGAAGGAAGCUACAGCGUCGGGUCUGCGAGCCGUGUGCGUUCUUCACUCGGUGGAGGAGCUCAGAAAGAAGAUAGACGAAUCGGACGAAGAGCAUGCGUUGGUCGAGCUUGCUCGGAUCGAGGCCGAAAGGGAGCACCGAGAAAUAGAAGCUCGAAGAGUCGCCGAGGCCGCAGAGUUCUCCAACAGAGUCGACGCUGCCAGGAAGACAUUCGACGAUCUUAACCAAGAAACCAUCCACCAUGAGGAACUCCAGAUGAAGCUUAACAUCACCCAAUCAUCCAUCAGCCUGUUGCAGGCAGAACUGGAGUCGGUUCGAGCAAAGGACAAGAAUAAGAAGAAGAAGAAGAAGAAGGAAGAACAAGAAAGUUCAUGGCGCAGUUCCUCCUUGGAUGCUGCCAAAGCCGAACUUUUGGCAGCAAAAGAAGAAUUGGAUUUGGUCAAGGAAGAGGGGUUUAAGUUCAUGAACUCGAUGGAUCUCAUCAGAAAGGAGUUGGAUCGGAUUGCCCAAGAGACUCGUCAGCUGGAGAAACUAGAGAAGAAAGCAGAAUCCAGUGUUCUUCGGCUCGACUCCAACCUUCUGAAAGCCAAGACCAAGUUGGAAGCCACGACAGUGGCUGAGGAGAGGGCUACAACCAUGGGUUCCAAACUCUCCACCACACUGAACCAACUCCAAGCAGAGACAGAAGCAGCACAGAAGGAGACACAACUGAUUGUCCAAGAGGCUAUCGGUGUCCGAAGCCAAAUCGCCAACACCGACUCGGAGAUCAGCUCAGCGGAGGAGAAACUGCAGGCGGUGGUGCAGGAGCUACGCGCGGCUAAAGCAUCAGAAGCUACGGCGUUCGAGAAGCUGAAGAGUGUCACCAAGCAAACCACCACGAGGGUUAGAGCUUCCUUAACUCAAUGCAGCGCCAGCAUACCCAUCUCCGAGACCGAGCACGACUACCUGGUGAGCAACGCAGCAGCAGCCCAAGUGGUCUCGAGUAAGAAGGUGGCAGCGGCUCAGGCAUGGAUGGAAGCGUUGACGGACAGAGAGAGGAACGCGCGGGUGAAGGCGGAGCUCAUCGAGAAGGAGUUGCGGGAGCUCAAAGCGGUGGAAGUGCGGGAACUUCACGAGACGCAACGGUCGGUGUUUGCCAGGAGAUCCUUAGAAGAGGAUCUAAACCAACUGAUGAAACAGAUCGAGGAAGAAGAUGAACAGCUUUCGGAAGAGAAACCAAGGAAAGCCGUAAUGCCAAGGUCAAGAAGCAUCAAGAUAAGACGGAUUCCAUCAUCGCCGGGGACUCCUCGACAGGUUCGUUCCCCGUUGAUUGUGAUCAAGAAGAGGACGAAGGUGAUGCCCAAUCUGGUGCGGUUUCUCAGGGAUGGAAGAGGCCGCAGGACGUGAGCUCGUUGACUACUUCAGCAACUACGACGGUCAACAACACUUUGAGCAAGAUUUGGUUGUGACAGCAGAUCAAAUAAGACUGAUUCAUCUGGACUCUGAAAAGUCAAACUUCUCAUUCCAAUAUGAAAACAAGAAGAAGGUUGGAUGAGUCA